AUGCAAGCGGUCCUCAGCCGCGUGCACCGCAUCGUAGUCCCGCCGCCCGACGCGACAGAAGCCGCUGAUGACCAGGAGCUCACGACCAUCGCCAUCUCCUCACCACGUCCGUCCUCUUUACCCCCCGCUCUCCCAUGCGACGUAGAAGCGACGAUCGCACGGACCGUCGAGCGGUUACAAUUCGCCACACUAUUAACGGAACGGAAGCAGGCGGUGCGUGCUCUCCAUUCAUUGGCCCAGCAGCUGCAAUUGGAUGAAAUUCAACACGGCCAUAAGAGCACUACAUUGGAACCUACAGUUGGAGAGCAGGCGCUCGGCCUCGCGGCCGUGCCGGCGGUACUCGACGCCCUCGUGUCGGACCCUCGGGACACGGAGCUAAUGGAGACGCUGCUCGAGUUUCUGCAGUCAAUUGUGACUCGGGUGCCUGCAGCCGCUGUGUUGGUGUUAACGCAACCUAACGGGGAUGUUGCGGCACAAUGGGGCAUGCCGACGUGCCUUAUGUUGCUCCAAGACCCCUCACCGUGGAUCCGAGGCCCUGCCGUGUCGCUGGUCAAGGCCUUGCAAGAGGCAGCACCAGGAGAAUUUACCAAGUCUGUUUUACAGUGCAAAGAGGGACUUCGGAGACUUUUGGAGGUGGUCGAAGACCGACGGGAACAUAUUCGAGACACGGCGUUGGCCGUGCUUGGCCAAUUGACAGGACGGGACAAGAACGUGCAACAGUUUCUGGCGUUUGAAGAGGGAUUUGCAAGACUGUUUCAGAUUAUGGAAGCCGAAGGGUUAGCGGACUCUACGGGUGCGAGCCUCGCGAGCUCGGUGGUCGCUGACUGUCUGCAUAUUGUCAAUAAUAUGCUGCGGGAUAACCUGAUGACGCAGACACUGUUCCUUGAGAUGACGUACCUGGAAUCGCACGUGCCACGACUACUGACGGUAUUAGGGAGUGAGGAACAACAACACAAAGGAGAAGAUGCUGCGACGCUGGAACAAAAAAGACGUGUGCUGAGACUUGGGUUGCAACUUGUGCGUAUCCUCCUAGCAGGACUUUAUGAAGGUGUCAAUGAUUCAAUGCUGGAUGAAAUGGCGCAGCGGGAUCGUGCUCGGAAGAAUCAAGAGCUGGCGAGGAUACAAAGUCUUGUGGCUCGACAAGAGGUGCUUAUGAGUGCUCUGGGUGAACUGAUCUGCUGUUGCAAUGGUACAAUGAUGGAUGUGCGGCUACAGGCUCUAGACUUGCUGCUACUGGUGAGUGAGCGCAACGGUGGUGCUCAGAUGAUAUUGGUGAACUUGUACGCAAUGCCUUCGGGGCGUAACGUUCUCGCGGACCUUGUUGGUCUUGACGCAGACAUUGGUCGUGAUGACUCGCCCGUGUCUGCUGCGGCAUCAGCUCUCUUGGACGCACUUUUUAGUGACAAUGAGGGUGCGCGUAUGGCUGUGCUGCAGCAUGUUCAGACGCCGCCCCCGCAAGCGGUCUCGUUGGAAGGAUAUAGCACUGGCAGGAGCAGCGAGUCCUCUUCGAUUCCUUUUUCGGCUGGCCGUGUCUUGUUCGAUGCGUUUGUCAUCAAUACCGAAUCUAUUGUACAGUGCGGCGAUCGAGACGACGCUAGGACGCUGAAUCUAAAGCUUGUCACCGCUUGGAAAGCCAGUCAUCGGCUGACAAAUUUGCUAUUGGAUAGCUCCUACUGUAAAGAACUUGCUCUCCGAGUUCCAGCAAAUUACACUGACCCACAGGCGCGUGCUGUUGCUGGUGGCCUUUUCUUAUCGCGAUGCGUGCAGUUGUUGCGAAUAGCGCCGGAUAAUAAAUUGAGCUCCGUGGUUCAGUCGAUUGUAUUCCAGGCCAAAUUGUCAGUGCUAAUACUGCUCAUCCACUGGUGCCAUCGCUGUCCGAAGGCUGUACGUGAAAUUGUGGGCUCCGUUGCUAACUUAUCGGUGCUCAUGGAUGUCCUUUCGGUGCAGCAAAUUUCAACAUCGUCCCGGAGUGCUGCAGAGACGACACAGUUGCGGGGUCUUGUUGCACUACUACUGGGGUGUUGCUUGGAAUUCUUACGGGACGAGGAGGAGGAGAAUAUCGCGGAAAUGGCAAGUGCAGCAGUGACGGCAGCCGCGCCAAAAGGCGAAAUGGGAUUGCAGAUGACGCGAGACCAAAUUCUCCAGAUGACCAGUAACCGCGUCGGACUAGAGACGUUCACGAACGCAUUGGUUCAGUUCCAGCAAACUGCAGCAAUCUUGGCAUGUGCUCGCGCAAGCGCAACGCAGAGUUCACGAGUCCUACUGACUUGCCGUGCUGAAUACGAUAUUAUCGACGUCGCGGACGCUGACGAUGUGGGUGGAGAUUUGGAUGACGACGGCAAAGCCCGUUACUUGUUUAUGCUGUACGAGCGAGCCUUCACAGAAUUUUAUCGAUCAAUAGCUGAGCAGAUACAGAAGCGUGUCAUCGCGAUGUAUACUGACUUUUGUGAUGGCGGGUCUUUGCGCUCUGCUGAUGGGGACUCUAUCGUUUCGACUCCUGCUAGUGCCUACCAAGACCUUAUUCGUAUGCAAGACAAACAGAUUCAUGAUCUGCAACGUCAAGUGGAAGAAUUGAAGCGCCGCGAAAUGGACCAAGGAUGCCAGGGCGACGUUUCUUCUACCCCGCUACAGAUACAAGGAAGCUUUGUGAGAAACCAAAUGGCUCCUCUGCGCGAACAACUCGAGCACGAGAGUACAGGUUUGGAGGACAAAAAUAACAGUAUAUUGGAGCCGGCGAUCGAAAUGGCGACUCGUAUGGAUGAACUUGCUUUGGUAUCCGAGCAGCCUGGAGCAGAACGGCGACAAAGAAAAAACGAACCCAUUCCCGUUUGCUCAUCAGCGGAGGACGUGCAAUCUGCUUCGGUGUCGCACGAGGUUUUACUAGCACAUCUUGCAAAAGUGCAGGCUGAACUAGAUGCAGGACGUGAGGCCAACCAGCGGUCAUAUAUUGCGGAUGCUACUUCUCAAGGCGCGACAGCUAGCCAUUCUGUCCGUAACGAAAGCGAAGAUGGAUUUGUAAGUGCUCAAUGCUUGAAACUGCUUGAAGAGCUUCAUGUGGAAUGCGAGCGCAAGGAUAGAGAGUUAGUCGAGUGCAAGCAGAUGCUCGAGGCGCUUGUCAAAGAUCAGGUACAUGCCAAGAAUGAAAAUGAACGCUUGAAGGCGGAGCUGGCGGGGGCAUUGUUGAAGUCUGCACAAGUUCGGGAAGUAGAAGGAAAUGAAUACGAAGACGUCAUCGAUAAUCUUACGGCAGACAAGGCGCGUUUAGAAAGUCGUGUUGAAGAGCUCGAAGUUGCAACGCGUGCCGUCUACGAAACUGACCAAGAGGUGCUCCACCAACGAAUACAGGAAAUGGAGCAAGAACGCCGGAUGACGCUCCCAACUUUACGUGAGACUGCGUUACUCAGCAACGAUACAGUUAACACGAGAGUGUCUGCGAAUGAAGAACCCGGAGAGGUUGUUUUCGACAAUCACCGCUCAAAGGAGCUCACGCCUUCCCAACUUGAAGAGUUAGACUUGUUGCGUGCUCGUGUAUUGGACUUGGAGAUGGUAGCAAAAGAACGCGAAGGCUGGGUGAAGAAUGCCUUGAUCGUGCAGGCUCAAGCGACAGAGUCUGAUGAUCAGGCGCGACGUGACAAGGAAAGACACGAUGCGACUGUGAAAGAACUAAGGGACGAGCUCGCUCGGGCUCUUAUUGAGAAGAAAGAUGUUGAGUGCAAGGCAAAGGCUGCUGUAACAGAACUUGAGAAUGAGAAGGCGCAACUACUUUUCGCGAAGGUGGAGCUGGAAAAGAAGCUGGGGUCUUGUCAUCCGGUUGAAGACGCGAGCCAACCGAGAAAUGACGAGCGUCUUAGGACGAAGAGGCCAUUCCAGGAGUCUAUCGACAUGGAGAAUAGCAACGAGUCAACAGUUGAAGACUUGCUGAUCCUGGUGGCAAGUUUAGAGAUUCAGUGUACGGUAUAUCGUGAAAGUUUAAUGGAGGCUCGAGGGGAGCAUGCCGUCGCAGCGGCAGCAGAGUUGUGUAGGCAGCGCGGAGCUAUAUUCUCGGUGUAA